AGUGCAGGCACUGAACACUUAGUAAAGUUCGCAAGUGACAAUAAUAACAAAACAGAAGAUAUCUCUAUACCUGACCAUGGGCCUGAGAAGGAGAAACGUGUGAAAAACUCACCUUGCAAAGAGAUAGAAAAUCUUCACAAUAAUUGUUCUUAUUGCAACAAGAAAUUCAAUUCAAAAGAUAAAUUGAAUGUUCAUUUAAGUAAACACACUGGAGAGAAAACCUUUGAAUGUUCUUACUGUAAAAAGACGUUUUCAAACAAGCGUAAUUUAAGCCGACACUUAAUAAUACAUUCAGAAAGGAAGCCWUUUGAAUGCUCUUACUGCAAAAGGAAAUUUACAAGAAAAGACUCUUUAGGUAGACACCUAAGAUUACACACUAGAGAGAAUCUCUUUGAAUGUUCUUAUUGCAAAAGAGAAUUUGCCAGCAGCGAAUAUUUAAGACUUCAUGUCAGAACACAUACUGGAGAGAAACCCUUUGAAUGUUCUUACUGCAAAAAGAAAUUUACAAUAAAAGACUCUUUAGGUAAACACUUAAGAUUGCACACUAGAGAGAAGCUCUUUGAAUGUUCUUACUGCAAAAGGGAGUUUUCAAAGAAAUCAAAUUUGACACGUCACUUAAGAAUACAUACUGGAGAGAAACCCUUUGAAUGUCCUCACUGCAAAAAGACAUUUAUAGAAAAGAGUUCUUUACAGCGUCAUUUGAAAACUCACAAGGACCGCACACACAGUGAUUAAGAUAUUGAAACCAUGACCUUCCUUAGGUAUAGUAUACUGCGAAGUGAAGAUAACAUUAUUUUAUAAAAUGAAGUCAGUAAACUAACCUAUUAAAUUAUGAAUUUUUAGUUAUUUGUAUGCUUCUUCAAAAACGCAUACAUAAUUAAUGKGUUAU